AUGGAUUUGAAUAAAUCGAUAUUUUUGAUUCCACGUGGGUUUUCGGCAUCAAUACUUGGAAUCGAACCAAAAAAAUGAAAGCUUGGUGAAACUUAAGUUUUACUACUACAUUAAAUUCGAAAACGUGGGCUGCUGACUCGAGAAUAUCACCAAAUCAUCAGGGAACAAAUCUUGAUUACCUAUCUAUUUUUAUAGAAAAAAUACUGCACAAAAAAUGGUGACCGAAAAGUACAUGUUUUCCUUAAAAAAAUUUUAAGCAAAAAAUAUGACAAUCCAAUAACUUACUUCUUAUUUUUAAAAUUAAAAUUCAUUAUGAACUUUUAGAACUUUGCGCCAAAAACUACCACAAAACCCACAAAUCUCAUCAUUCACUUCCUCCCAAAAAACUCAACAAAAACGUGAUUUCUCUACAAAGUGUGACGAUUCACCCAAUCUUUAAAAACAUGAGAAAAAGAAGUCAUUAGGUUAUUAAAAAACUGGAUAAAAUACAUCAAAAGAUAGAUUUACUAAAAGGAAAAAAAGAAGAAAGAAUAAAUGUUCUUUUUGGAAAAGUAUUAAAAAGUAAAAGGUAUCCAGCUGUGUAAAAAGAAAAGUCAAACAAAAAUAACUUGUAGUUAUUUUAUAUUUCUUUAUUAUGAAAAAGAAGAAAAUCUUUAUUUAUCUGAUCAAGUUAGAAAAAGGAAAGGAAAAACUGUUAUUGUGACAAUUAUUGAUUGAUUUUUCGGGAUUUAUCUGGGCUUCAGAUCUUUUGGGAAUUGUUUUUGUUAUGACUAAUUUAGGGUUUAAUUUCAAUUGAAUUUUGGGCGCAAAACUCUCAGAGAAAUGUGCUACAGAACUGGCGGAGUAAACGACAUGUCGGUAAACUCUCGGAAUAAUUGCAAAUCUACCAGAUGAGGAAGAUCGGCUAACUGCAGAUCAUUACGGACAAUUCUGUCGAAAAAUCUAUCGAUUAGUCAAAUUCGAACAAACUGAUCUAUUUUCUUGGAUGAAUGCAAGACAAAAGAUUCAAUUAGCUGAAAUGAUCAAAGAUAGUGGAAUUGAGGAUGAACAAGUUUAUGAAAAAUUAUAUGAAAUAUUCAAUCAGACAAAAGGAGAAGCGAGAGAAGAAGCUGAUGAGAUUAUUACUUUGGGUUGUAGACAAUUUAUUGGAAAUAUUUUGGGAGAUGAAAUUGCUGAAGAAAUUGAGGAUAUGAGAUGGUCCAGAAAUGUUUCAUCACAAUAUAUUGCAGCUGUACUAAUGAUGAAGAAUCAAGAAUUGGAGAAUUCGGCAGACGAGCAACGAAAAGAAAAACAAGAAGAAGAAGAAGAUCAUACAACUCGCGUAAGGUCAGUUAGAAAACACAAGUAAAUGAAUAAAUAAAUUCGUAUAAAUUUUCAGAGAAUCUCUCUCAAUUUGCAAACGAAUUUACUUGGAUUACAAUGGAAGUUGUAGUUGCAAUGGUUUUUCAGACACCUGCGAUUCAACAACUCAUACUUGUCAAAUGUGCUCGGAAAAUCGAGCUGGGCAUCAAUGUGAAAGUUGUGCAAAAGAUUUUGAGAUGAUAAAUUCAACGUGUGUUCGAAGAAGUUGUCAAUGCAAUAAUCAUUCGGAAAAAUGUAGUGGAUUGAUUUGUCAAGAAUGUCAACAUAAUACGGUUGGCGAGCAAUGUGAAUUAUGCGCUGAUGGAUUUUAUGGAGAUGCGACACAAGGGGAAUGCAAACAAUGUCCUUGUCCGUGAGUUGAGAUUUAGGGAAAUUGAAAAAACAAUGACCAAUUUCCGUUGAAAAAUUGAAAUCCUGAUGUUUGAGUUUUAGAAAAAUUCCGGGAUUCAGCCACGUGGCAACAGAUUUAGAAAAAAAGAUGUGAAAAUUUUUAUGAACGAACCAAUUUCCAGAAAAUCUGGCGAGUGUUCGAUCAACUCUGAAAAUAUUCUAGAAUGCUCAGAUUGUCCAGUUGGAUUUGUUGGAAUAUCGUGUGAUAUCGAUAGUAAAACCUAUUCACUAAAUCUCUCAACUACAACAAUUUUCCAACAAACAACAACUCCAAUGAAUAAUAUCAAUAAUUCUAUUGAGGAUAAUGAUGUUUGA